UUACAUGUACGCAUCCGGUGACGUCAGGCCCUUCGCCUCAUACACGCUCCACUCUCGCGUUCGUGGGAACUCAAGCGACUGAAAAAAUAAAAUAAAAAUACGUAAAGAAGUGAAAAUAUACAGUAAUUAAAGACACAUCUGGAGUCAUGGCCACGACGUUUGAGCAGAUGAGAGCGAACGUGGGCAAACUACUGCGGGGCAUCGACAGGUAUAACCCGGAGAAUCUGUCCACACUGGAGCGAUAUGUGGACACACAGGCCAGAGAAAACGCGUAUGACCUGGAGGCAAAUCUGGCUGUUCUCAAACUGUACCAGUUUAACCCAGCAUACUUCCAGACCACAGUAACAGCACAGAUUCUGCUGAAGGCGUUGACCAAUCUCCCACACACAGACUUCACUCUGUGCAAGUGCAUGAUCGACCAAACCCACCAGCAAGAGGAGCGGCCGAUAAGACAGAUCCUGUAUCUCGGGAACCUGCUGGAGACGUGCCACUUCCAGAGCUUCUGGACCAGUCUAGAGGAGAAUAGAGAGUUAAUUGAUGGAAUCACUGGAUUUGAAGACUCUGUGCGGAAAUUCAUCUGUCAUGUGGUGGGCAUCACGUAUCAGAACAUUGAGUAUGGACUGUUGGCUGAGAUGUUGGGAGACCCUCUGGACACACAGGUGAAGGUUUGGAUGAAUAAGUACGGUUGGACGGAGAAUGAAGAUGGACAGAUAUUCAUUCAUAGUCAGGAGGAGAGCGUCAAACCCAAGAACAUUGUGGAGAAAAUCGACUUUGAGAGUGUGUCCAGCAUCAUGGUUACAUCAAAGUGAAAACACACACACACACACACACUGUUUCUCGACUGCCUGAUUUUUUUCAAUAAACGAAUUUCAACGAAGCAA